GAUGAAGUGUGAUUUGGAUACGGUAUCGUGCAGCCACGAUUUUUGGGCCACCGGUCGACCGGUGACGAUCGGUUGCGUUCUUUUGGUGGCCCUUUGUUUCACGCGGCAAACGCUCGUCGUGGCUUUUGACAAUUCGUCGAGCACGUUCCUCGAGCGUUGUCGAGCCGAUUGCGGCGCGCAGAAGGAUUUCGCGUCGUGUGGGAAGUACAGGGUCGUCAGGUGGCUUCACGAUGUCGUGAGAGAGAAGGAGUUUGGCUACGGUCCGUUCCGCAUAGUGAGGAUACCCUCCAUGCCAGGUCAAACGAUCUUACCGAAAUUGCGACAGUCCCGAGUGUUCAAAAGCGACGCGAUCGAGGCCUUGAACUUCGUCAGGGACGCGAUCGAGGAUCUUCUGACCAAACGCGCCAUCGUCUACACGAUCGAUAACUCCGCGAGCAGAAGGAGUUUCGGUAGCUUGCCGAUGAUCAUGGACGAGGACGAAUUAGAGCAAAUGCAGACCAAGGAAGAAUCGCAAGGCGAUUGGAGGAUCUUCAAGAAGAAGAAAUCUCUGAUCCUCCCUAUUCUGAUCCUGUUGAACCUGAUGAAGCUGAAGUUGCUGCUGCUGCCAAUCUUCCUGGGCGUACAUUUUAUCAAGAAGCUGCUGGUGCUCGCCUCGCUGAUCGUGCCGUCCAUUUUGGCGCACCUGAAGAUCUGCAAGGUGGCGCCACCCCCUCAGCCGGCUUAUCCUUAUCACACGUGGGCCACGGCGGCGGAAGCGCCCAGCGACUAUCCAACAGGUUACGGACAGGAGGAUGCGUGGGCCCACAGGAACGAUUACCUAGGAGUCCCAUACCUCGGUUAUCAUGGCUACCGCAACCCCUACGGAUGAGGUCCAAGUAUCUUGACGCAUCCCUGACCCGAGUCGUCUCGUUCGUUGCUCCGAACAUCCUCGAUCGAAUCGUAGGCGACAGGUCCCGAGCAAACGAACGAUAAUCGUACUCCUUCCCCUUUCUUUUUUCUCGGGUGACUUUCGAACGCGUUCUCUGCGUGCCAAUAGUCUCCUUUUGGCG